CUAAGUAAUAAGAGAACAGAGCUUUGAUGUAUUGGUGAUAUGUGUACCUAUGUAGUAAUCAUGCGUUGGCUUUUGUACGAAACCUUUGUCUUAUCUUGUAUCGAACUUUUUUUCCAUUUAUUAAUGUAGGUAUGGAGUCGUUGCUAGAUCCAGUUAUCGACUCGAGCCACCGGUCUUUCUUCGCAGCAGUUGAGCACAGAGCACUCCAAGUGCUACGUCCUCAUCCACCGGCGGAGAUUGUCUCUAUACACCCGGAUUGGGUUGACAGGUAUGUACUGAAAUAUUAUAGUUUGUUUCAUUUCUUUACUCCUAUUUCCAUACUAACUUUUCUUUUUUUUUGGUAAAAUAUUUUAGGUCACACGAGGCAGGUCUACUGACUCUGGGCCGUCUUGUGGAGGGUGGGCUUUUUAAACUCGACCGAUCCCUCCUGACGGCGCUCGUCGACAGAUGGAGGCCGAAGACACACAUGUUCCACCUUCCGUGCGGAGAGAUGGCUCUGACGCUGCAGGAGGUGGCCUUCUUCGUGGAAGAAUGAUCUGGAGGACCGUUUUGCCCUGGUACAGCACGUGGAAGAAGCGGGGCCGAUCAUGCCGCACCCGCGAGCAGCAGGCCCUUCCAAGACCUGGUUGCUACAGUUCGCGCCCACCCAGUUGGAUCCGGAUGCCGACGAGAACAGUGUGACCAGAUCCUUGGAGGCCUACCUGCUUUGGUUGUUCGGUUACAUCAUGUUCAACAACACACAUGGCAACUCGGUGGACAGGAUUCUCAUCCCGUAUGCACGGGAUAUUGCGGAUGCGGACGAGGAUGUACCGUCGUACAGCUGGGGUUCGGCGGUACUUGCCGCCACGUACCGUGGACUCUGCGACAGCUGUACUAAGACACGUGGGGAAGCUAUCCUGACGGGGUGCCCACCACUGCUUCAGGUUUGGUCCUACGGGAGGCUAGCGGUUGGUCGCCCCAUCGUCAUCCGCGCGCCUUAUCACGAGGCUCUGUACGGCGAUCUCGAGGACGACAGACCCAUGAUGGGGACUCUCUGGCUCUGGCGUUAGGUACGUUCGUCAAAAUUCUUCUUUUCUUAUGCAUUGGUACACCAUACAUUAAGCAUACCUUACUGUUACCUUUUGGUUGUGUAGAGGUCAUGGGCGCAUGCGCAGGUUAGACGCGCAUAUCCUGAGUUUGUUCAGGAGCUCGACGUGCUGACGCCAGAGGACGUUGUCUGGGAGCCGUACAGCCCAGACACUGUGGUCACCCGUACACCAGGAGGCCUGUCUUCACACUGCUCCGCAAAUGCGGGCAUGUGCCUUACUACAACCGUCCUAGUAUACGACAUCGCGGUUGAGGUGCAUUGCCCCCAGAGAGUCAUGAGACAGUUUGGGCAGCGCCAGGAGUUUCCGGUGCCCACCGCGUUGGAGCGUGUUAGU